AUGUCUGGAGGUGUGUUUUAUGUUGUUACGAAGAAUGGGUCACACUCCCGGGUUCUUUUCAUUCGGAAUAUAGUUGGAGCUGAAGCUGAUGAAGAUAGGAUUGAGUUGCUUCUGAUGCAAAUUAAGGGAAAAGAUAUCACAGAGGUCAUUGCAUCUGGUAGAGAGAAUUUGGCAUCUGUACCUGCUGGUGGUGGUGCUGUUGCUGUGGCUGCAUCUGCAGCUGGUGGUAGUGGUGCUGCUGCUGCCCCGGCUGCAGCUGAGUCCAAGAAAGAAGAAAAAGUGGAGGAGAAAGAGGAAUCAGAUGAUAUGCUGUCAUGUGAAGCCAAAAGCAUUGCAGUUAGUGACACGGUACUUGGAUUGCUUUUUAUCAAUAGAUAUGGAUUUUGUCAUUCUGAAUCUUUUCACUUAUGUUAUUUUCUAAUUGUUCCGAAGUCUUAA